UAUAUUUUUUUUCCCGGGAAACACAGAUAGAAAACUAACAGCUACCAUAUAUGUAUCGAACUCCCAGAAUCCAAACCCACAACGCCCUUUCUCGUUCUCUGGCUUCUUCAAAUAUGGAGGUUGAAACCCAUGCUUCAGCUUCUCCUUUCCCUUACUCUCUUGAUAAAAUUGACAUUUCUCGAGAUUUCCUACCUCAUGAUUCGCCUGACUUGCCGCCUCCGGGGGAUGAUUCUCGAAAAUUCGAUGGCCUUCAGUCUUCGGAGUUCCGUGAUCGGAAAUGUGAGGAAUUUGAAAUGCCGGUGUUGAAUGAUGAGGUUGGUGUGAUGGAUGCCACCGGGAAUUCGCCUGUGGUGGAAGUGUCGGGAGGUGCGUGCUCUGACAGUGCGGCUGUGAAGCUGCAGAAGGUGUAUCGGAGUUACCGUACCCGGCGCAGGUUAGCUGACUCUGCUGUCGUGGCGGAAGAGCUCUGGUGGCAAGCGAUAGACUAUGCGAGAUUGAACCACAGUACAAUUUCCUUCUUCAAUUUCUUUAAACAAGAAACUGCAGCUUCUAGGUGGAAUCGUGUUACGUUGAAUGCUUCCAAGGUGGGUAAGGGAUUAUCCAAAGAUGCCAAAGCUCAAAAAUUGGCUUUUCAGCAUUGGAUUGAAGCUAUUGAUCCAAGGCAUCGUUAUGGGCAUAGCUUGCAUAUGUACUACGAAGAGUGGUGUAAGACAAAUUCUGGUCAACCAUUUUUUUACUGGUUGGACAUAGGAGAUGGUAAAGAGCUUGAUCUCCAAGAGUGUCCAAGGUCAAAACUGCGGCAACAAUGUAUUAAGUAUCUAGGACCGCAAGAGAGAGAGCAUUACGAGUAUAUUGUUAUUGAGGGAAAAAUUACACACAAAAAAACUGGGAAUCUCCUUGAUACAUCCAAUGGACCAAAAGGAGCCAAGUGGAUAUUUGUUAUGAGUACUUCUAAGAGGCUGUAUGCUGGUGAGAAAAAGAAAGGAAUUUUCCAUCAUUCAAGCUUCUUGGCUGGGGGGGCGACGUUAGCUGCUGGCAGAUUAAUGGUAGAGAAUGGAACUCUUAAGUCCAUUUCUCCAUAUAGUGGACACUACCGGCCGACUGAAGAUAGCUUUGACAGCUUUUUAUCCCUUCUCCAGGAGAAUGGUGUGAACCUUUAUGAAGUCCAGAUAAAAAAGGCCAGUGAAGAUUCUGAUGUCUAUGAUGAUGGCAAAUUCAGUGCAAGUAGGACAAUGGUUGAAGUGUUGAGCAGUUUGAAGCCUCUGAAACCUGAUAUUCUCAAUGAAGAGAAGAAUUCUACUUCAGAACGGUCAGAAGUUGCACAAACUGAAAGCAAAGGUGAAUACAAAAGGACUUUAUCUGGUGGUCUUCGAAGCCCAAGAGCUGAAAUACCAAAGACAGCAAUCUUGCACAGAAUCAAUUCUAAGAAGGCAGCAAAAUCUUACCAAUUGGGGCAUCAACUUUCUCUCAAGUGGUCAACAGGAGCUGGGCCAAGAAUCGGGUGCGUUGCUGACUACCCCGUUGAAGUUAGGCUACAAGCAUUGGAAUUUGUUAACCUAUCUCCAAGCCUUCCGCCCACUCCAUCUUCCUACAGGCGGAUCGCUGGUCUCGCAUCACCUACAGCUCAACCCACAACCGAUGUCCCUAAUGGUGAUGGGACUUCUCAUAAUUAAAUUUCCUUCUAAUGCUUUUAGCCUAGUGGAUACUUAAGUGAAUGUAAAUAGCUAGCAUGUUCUUUGUGUCACUUCAGCCUUUCUGGAAUGCUAAUAACAUCAAUCUUAGUUGCA